GAAGAUCGAUCAUGCACUUGCCUGCCUCUUGGUGAAAAUAACUCGUGAUCAUAAUGAUACCUUAGCAAUCUCUCGGCAAUAGUGGCCCUUUAGAGUGCCAGAUAUAUGAGGAAAGAUUCGGCUACCAGCGUCAUGUCCCCGAGGUAAUCACUCGCAGAUAACACACGCAACAACACCCUAUUCAUCUUACCUUCUACUUCUCAACUCUCUCCCACGUCCUAUCCUCCUCAUACGCGGUUCAAGAUGGGCCCCGGCAUCCACCCUCACACCCUCCCUCCUCAACCUACCUACCACCCACAAACUCGCCCGAGACGGCCUCUUCCACCCUCAGGGCAACCUUCACUUCUUCAAGAGCCAAUUCCUCACCACCCUCCCCUACCCAACCGACUCCUACUCCGGCAAAACCGUCAUCGUAACCGGCUCCAACACCGGCCUCGGCCUCGAAGCCGCCCGUCACUUUGUCCGUCUAGGCUGCAGCCGCAUGAUCCUAGCCGUCCGUAACCUCUCAAAGGGCGCCACUGCCAAAGCCUCCAUCGAGUCCUCGACCAAGUGCUCCGACAGCGUCAUCUCCGUCUGGGAACUCGACCAAUGCUCCUACGCCAGCGUGCAAUCCUUCGCCUCUCGCGUGUCUGCUGAGCUCGAAAGAGUUGACAUCCUCCUCCUCAACGCGGGCGUCUGCCCCCUCAACGGACCAUGGCGUCAUUGCGAACGAGACGAGGAAGCCAUAACCGUUAACGUGGUGUCCACCUUUCUUCUCGCCUUUCUUUUGUUUCCCAAACUCCGUGAAACAGCACGCCUGUUCCCUGAUACUGUCAGUCCAGGACCAACAAUGACAGUCGUCACCUCCCUAGCCCACACCUACACCGACUUCCACCUCUCGCGCACCGCGCCCGAGGGCCAGCUCUUCAACGUUCUCAGCUCCCCCGAUAGGCGAGAGGUGACGAUGGAUGACCACUCGGAUCAGUACUUCAUAUCCAAACUGCUUCAGAUUUUUCUGAUUCGCUCUUUGGCAGCUCACUGCCCCGUUUCGAAGACGGGGGUAACCAUCAACUGCGUCCAACCCGGUUUCGUCAAGUCAGGGAUUUUCAAGUUCGAAGGGACGUUCGCGGUGGCGAUGGCGAAGUUGAUGAUAGGGUUGGUGGCGAGGUCCACGGAGAUGGGGAGUAGGACGCUGGUGCAUGCGGCUAGUCAGGGAGGGUAGGAGACGCAUGGGGGGUAUUUGUCGGAUUGUGUGGUGGAUGAGCCGAGUGAGUUGGUCAGAGGGGAGAAGGGGAAGGUGUUGCAGGUGAGG